ACGAAAAGCUUCGUCUGUAUAGACGUGUGGGACGUGGUGUAGAUAUUACAAAUAGCUUCAUCUCCGGAGGUUUUAUUUGGUAAAAAACAUUUGUAGAUGAGAAAGUGCAGCGUUAUUUCAUAAAUUUUCCCUAAAAAGUCAAAAGGUUUACUGUUUAUCUCGGAUUGUUAAAAAAAAUCAACGAAAAUGUUUCACGAGUGGGCGAUUUUGAUGCUGGGAAUCCUGUCAGGUGUUCAAUGUAUGUAUUCAAAUACGGAUGUAGUCGAAUUAAAUCCAACCAAUUUCAAGAGUCAAGUUUUGGGAAGUAACGGUAUUUAUGUCGUUGAAUUUUAUGCACCUUGGUGUGGACACUGUCAACAAUUAGAACCCGAAUAUAAAAAAGCUGCAACAGCCUUGAAGGAUAUCCUCAAAGUCGGUGCAGUUAAUGCCGAUGACCAUAAAUCAUUAGCGGAACAAUACGGAAUUCGUGGUUUUCCUACUAUCAAGAUUUUCGUCGCUGGCAAACCAGAAGAUUACAAUGGUCCAAGAACCGCUGCUGGAAUCGCGGAAGGUGCAUUGAAAGCGGCCCAACAAAAAGUUCAAAAAAUUUUGUCGCCGAACAAGAAGGACUCUAAAGAUAGUAAAGAUGUUGUUGAAUUGACUGACGACAAUUUCGAUAAAUUAGUCUUGGGAUCAGAGGACUUAUGGUUAGUCGAAUUUUAUGCACCCUGGUGUGGACAUUGCAAAAAUUUAGCACCUCACUGGGCAGCUGCAGCUUCAGAACUCAAGGGAAAAGUGAAAUUAGGAGCUCUCGAUGCAACUGUACACUCGCUCAAGGCAAGCAAGUAUGGAGUGAACAGCUACCCAACAAUUAAAUUCUUCGCCGCUGGCAAAAAGGACUCGGAUUCAGUGAGCGAAUACGAUGGCGGUCGAACCAGCAAUGACAUUGUUAACUGGGCAAUGGAAAAAUUGACAGAGAGCAUUCCAGCGCCAGAAAUUGUACAAGUAACAAAUGAGGAGAAAUUAAGAGAAGCCUGCGAAGACAAACCUCUUUGUAUUGUUUCUGUCCUUCCACACAUUCUCGACUGUCAGUCAGAUUGUCGAAAUGGAUAUUUAAAUGUUCUUAAAACACUCGGCGAGAAGUACAAGAAGAAACUUUGGGGAUGGAUCUGGUCCGAAGCUGGAGCUCAGCCAAAUAUCGAGGAAGCUUUAGAAAUCGGAGGUUUCGGCUAUCCAGCAUUAGCGGCAGUUAAUAUCAAGAAAAUGAAAUAUUCCCUUCUUAAGGGAAGUUUCUCCAAAGACGGAAUCAACGAAUUUCUCAGAGACUUAAGUUACGGACGUGGUAGUACAGCACCACUUAAGGGCAACGAACUUCCAAAGAUCUACGAGACGGAAUCUUGGGACGGUAAGGAUGCUGAGCCACCACAAGAAGAAGAUAUUGAUCUCAGUGAUAUUGACCUAGACGAGAAGGAUGAACUCUAAACCGACUGAUGAUUAUUUCAUUUCUCCCACAAAAAAGAAGAAGAAUGAAAGAAAAAAUACUGUGGACAAAAUUUUUUUUCUCCAUUUCAUUCUCAUGCAGUCUCGUGCGCAAUUUUUUGCGCCCUCUGUUUCUAAUUACUCUAAUAACUAAUCAUUAGAAAACAUUUUUUUUAAUGAGCGUUAGAUAUAAUCUAGAAACAAAAAAAAAUUCAAUUUUCACAAUAAUUCGAAUUUUCAUUGAGACUUUCGAAAAUUUCAAUUCAAGAAGAAAAAAAAGUCUGUUUAGUUAAUUAUUAUGUAAGUAAUUUUUUAAAAAAUACAGAGACAAAAAUUUGCAACUUUUUGCAUUCCACACAAAUGUAAAGUCAUUUUAAUCUGUACAUAUACAUAAAAAUUAAUAUGAAAUCUUGGAUGACUUUUUAAAGAAUAUAUUAACCAAAAUAAAAAUAAGUGACUCUGAGUGAAAAAAAUCCGAGUGUUUCUCUGCAUAUCGUGUUUUAAAAUACGUGAACAGUGUUUUUUACGCAGAAUAUUUCUCAUAUUCCUCGAAAACAUGUUUUUUAAAACUUAUUUUUCUAUAAUUAUUUAUCUCUGUAUGCGCAUUUUAAAUAGUGAAUGUUGAAAAAAAAAAAUUAAUUUCAUACGUAGGGUCUUCCAAUGUGCUCAAAAUUAAUUACGAUUAUUUUUUUGUCAGCUUUAAUUUAGAAUCAAAUCGUCUUAAUGAUAAAAAUUGUUACUUAAAUAAUACUAUAGUUUGUGAUUUAAACAUUUUAAAUUUCUUUUUACUGAAAUAUUUCACAAUAAAAUGUAUAAAAAUUCUA